GCUGCGGCGAGCCCGGCCCGCGAGCGUCACCGCCUGCGCGCUCCCUCCGCCCUCCGGAGCUGCGCCAGCGGAGGGAAACCGAAACCAAAGCCCGCGUCCUCCCUGCGCCGCCCGCUCACCGGGUGCCCGGGGUCCCGCUCUUCGGGCUGCUCCCGGGCGGCCUCGGCCGCGGCUCCUCCGCCCUUGCAGUUGGGGAGCCCGUAAGCGGCGCAGAAUGGGCAGAUGCUGCUUCUACAUGGCGGGGACGUUGUCCCUGCUCCUCCUGGUGACCAGCGUCACGCUGCUGGUGGCCCGGGUCUUCCAGAAGGCCGUGGACCAGAGUAUCGAGAAGAACGUCGUGUUAAGGAACGGCACUGAGGUCUUCGACUCCUGGGAGAAGCCCCCCUUGCCUGUGUACACCCAGUUCUAUUUCUUCAACGUCACCAAUCCAGAGGAGAUCCUGAGAGGGGAGACCCCUCGGUUAGAAGAAGUGGGGCCGUACACCUACAGGGAACUCAGACAGAAAGCAAAUGUACAGUUUGGAGAUAAUGGAACAACAAUAUCUGCUGUUAGCAACAAGACCUAUGUUUUUGAACGAAACCAAUCUGUUGGAGACGCUAACAUUGACUUAAUUAGAACUUUAAAUAUUCCUGUAGUGACCGCCAUGGAAUGGUCCCAGAUCCACUUCCUCCGGGAGAUCAUCGAGGCCAUAUUGAAAGCCUAUGAACAGAAGCUCUUUGUGACGCGCACAGUUCACGAAUUGCUCUGGGGCUACAAAGAUGAGAUCCUGUCCCUCAUCCACGCUUUCAGAUCGGACGUCUCUCCCUAUUUUGGCCUGUUCUAUGGGAAAAAUGACACUAAUGAUGGAGAGUAUGUUUUUCUAACUGGGGAAGACAAUUACCUUAACUUUACAAAGAUUGUGGAAUGGAAUGGAAAAACGUCACUUGACUGGUGGACAACAGAAAGGUGCAAUAUGAUUAAUGGGACAGAUGGAGAUUCUUUUCACCCGUUAAUAACCCAAGAUGAAGUCUUGUAUGUCUUCCCAUCUGAUUUUUGCAGGUCAGUGUACAUAACUUUCAGUGACUUCGAGAGGGUGGAGGGACUGCCUGCCUUUCGGUACCGCGUGCCGGCAGAAAUACUAGCCAACAGCUCCGACAAUGCUGGGUUCUGCAUCCCUGCAGGAAACUGCCUGGGCUCAGGAGUUCUGAAUGUGAGCAUCUGCAAGAAUGGUGCACCCAUUAUUAUGUCUUUCCCACACUUUUACCAAGCAGAUGAGAGGUUUGUUUCUGCUAUAGAAGGCAUGCACCCCAAUAAGGAGGAUCACGAGACAUUUGUGGACAUUAACCCUUUGACUGGAAUGAUCCUAAAAGCAGCCAAGAGGUUCCAAAUCAAUGUUUAUGUCAAAAAAAUUGACGAAUUUAUUGAGACGGGAGACAUCAGAACGAUGGUUUUCCCAGUGAUGUAUCUCAAUGAGAGUGUUCUCAUUGAUAAGGAGACUGCAAGUCGCCUCAAGUCUGUAAUUAACACUACUUUGAUUAUCACCAACAUCCCGUACAUCAUCAUGGCGCUGGGCGUGUUCAUUGGAUUGAUCUUCACCUGGCUUGCGUGCAGGGGACAGGGGUCCAUGGAUGAGGGAACGGCAGAUGAAAGAGCACCCCUCAUACGAACCUAACCAUCGCCUGAGCUUGGUGAGGGAACCCUGGGAGCUGUUCUGCUGGACCCCAGCGGUGUGGGGACACUCUCCACAGCCUUGCAGGCCUGCUGCCUGCGGGGAGGGAAAGACGCAGGCUGGCAAGUGAGAGCAUUCUGGCCAGAGGAUAGAGAACAGGCUGACAGGGCUGGCCAUUGUGCUUUGUUAAAUUAUGCGGUCUCUGAAAUUGUUUUUCAUAUGUCUGGCAAGUAUUUAAUAAAUCUUGUAUAGUAA